AUGCCAAUUGAUCAAGAAAAGCUCGCUAAGCUACAAAAAUUAUCUGCCAACAACAAAGUUGGUGGCAUUCGCAGAAAGCAAGCCAAGAAGAGCGGCGCAGCUUCUGGCUCCAACAAGGAUGACACCAAGUUACAAGCUCAGCUAGCUAAAAUGCGUGCCGUGACUGUUGACAACGUGGAAGAGGCUAAUUUCUUCAGAGAGGAUGGUAAAGUUCUUCACUUCAACAAGGUCGGUGUUCAAGUCGCACCUCAACACAACACUUCCGUUUUCUAUGGUAUUCCUCAGGAGAAGAGCUUGAACGACUUGUUCCCUUCUAUCAUUCCUCAAUUAGGUGCCGAGUCCAUCAAUGCUUUGACGCAAUUGGCUGCUCAAUUGCAAGGUUCUCAAGCUGCCCAAGCUGAAGGUGCUACAGGUGGUGAAAAGAGCGAGGCUGAUAUCCCAGAAUUGACUGGCCAGUCCUUUGAAGCCGACGUCGAAUAG